AUGCCCGGUAGUCCACUCAAGACUCCUGCCUUUCUUGACAAUGGCGAGUUCUUCAUGGCCCAGGGCAAUGCCAUUCAGAUGAAUUGGCCAAACGUCUCUGACGCAUUUUCCACGCCUGUGGCCAUGGCUUCGUCUAGCUUCACCGGCUGGGACUGGACUCGGCCCUGGCCUGGAGGCGACCCUAUCGACGGCCACUCUGUGCAUCUGACGGUGGCGCCAGAUGUUCUCACAGACCCGACUGUUGUGGUGGAUGCGGCGACAGUGUUGUCUUCGUUGACUUUCAGCAUUCCUGACGAUAUGAUGUCUGGCGGAAAGGCGCUCCCUAUGGACCCCUCGUGGUACAUUUGCCGUCACGUCUUCAUCACGACGAAGCCUGAGGCAAAGGAGUCUGCUGAUGGAGGUGACGGUUGUGGCUUUCUUCAGCAGGGCUGUUUGGACGAUCUCGGGCCGCUUUUAAGCGACGGCUGGGGCACAACGGAUAACAAUACAAUGUGCGCCCAGUUGAUUUUUGAUCCAAUGCCCGAGAGCUGCCGCAGCUCAUUUGGAUAUGCCCGCCAAGAUUCUUGGUAUGCCGAUAGCACCGUCAUAGCUAACCCUGUGCUGGGGCCUCUCGAGACGAUCCCUGAUCAGCAGCACUACACUUGGCGCAUUGGUACCGGAUAUCACUCCCCCGGCGAUCCCAUUGCCUAUGAGAUUGCCGCCAACAGAACCUAUCUCGUGGCUACGGUCUGGGGCUACAGCAAAAAUGUUGACGCCAGUAAAAAAAAGACUCCCCAAGUCACCUGGACCUGCAUCUCAUCUGGAGACGCCUAUGUGCCGCCUCCCCCGCCAACUUCGAUUCCUACAGCAGUACCCAAUACUGAUGCCUACUAUGAUGACUUUACCUCUGGCUUGAGGCAGUGGACUACAUACGAUGGCUCAUUCAGCUCUGGUUCCGGGGUGCUCACUGCAGACUAUUCGCUUGGCGGCAAAGCCUUGCUGAAGAGCAGCUACUCCAACUUCACGUUCGAGGCCGACGUCACCUUGAGCAAUGACUGGGGCAAUGCGGGUCUCAUCUUCCGCGUCUCGAGUCCUGGAGACGGCGCAGAUACUUACAAGGGCUACUACGCCGGGAUCAGCACGGAGAACAAUGUCGUCUUAGGACGUGCAUCUAAUGACUGGACCGAAAUCAGCCUCGUCGACACCGACAUUGCCGUCAACAAGGCCCAUCACCUUAAAGUCAAGGUUCGGGAAAACAAAAUCGAUGUAUAUGUCAACGACAUGACCAAGGCAAAGAUUAGCGCGACAGACAUCACUUACAGUACCGGCAUGGACGGCGUGCGCGUGUUUGAUACGGGCGCGACAUUCGACAACGUGCAGAUCUUUCCGCUGGCCUUUAAAGACGACUUUGCCUCAGGCUCGAUGGACAAGUGGGCAACCUACGGAGGUGAUUAUGCUACCAAGAACGCUGCACUGGUCGGUCAGGCUUCGUCCGGUGGCAAGGCACUUAUCCGCGACGCGCUGUAUACCGACUUCGUGUAUGAGGCGGACGUGACCAUCUGGGAUGAGAGCGGCGAUGCUGGUCUUGUCUUCCGGGCUUCCAGCCCGUAUGAUAAAACGGAUGGUUAUUAUGGUUAUUAUGCCGGCUUUGGCAACGGAUACAUUGUUUUUGGCCGUUCUGACAACGGUUGGAAUGAGCUGGCCAAUGUCAAAGCAUCCAUCCAACAUGGCACAGCUCAUCACAUCAUGGUGCGGGCCAGGGGAAAUGCCUUGUCCAUCUUUGUGGACGACAUGAAUGAGCCAAAGAUUGAGACGGGAGAUGAUACGUAUCUCACGGGGUUGAACGGCGUGAGGGUGUCUGGGACCAAGACGACGUUUGACAAUGUCAUCAUUUACACCAUGUAG